UUUCAAAGCCCAUUGGAUUGGAAGGCUUGCGGAUUAUUUGAUUACCCCUUCAUCGUUUCAAGACCAAUGGAUCUUGAAACUGUAAAGACCCGACUUCUCCAAAAUCGGUAUGGUAGUCUUUGGGAGGUUGCCAAGGACAUCGACCAAAUUGUUGAGAAUGCCAUUACUUACAAUCCAGCAGAAGACCCCGUUUCCGUUGCAGCAAUGAAGCUUUCUGAAACAUUCAAUGCCCUGUGGAAA